AUGGAGCUUGAGGCUAUGAGCAGAUCCACCAGCCCAGGAAAGCCAGCUGUCUUCCCACAUCUGACCACGGUGCAGUUGGCCACUGGCAUGUGCUUCACCACCUGGUCCUUUGUUUAUGAGGUUACCUCCACCAGGUACACCUGGGAUUUCUACAAAAACCACCUGAUCUUGGUGACCUUGUUCUUCUUGGGCUUUGGAGCCCUCUUCCUGCCGCUCUGGAUUGGCAUUUAUAGAUGA